AUGGUUGGUGGACGUGGUCGUGGUCUUCGAGGACAGGUUCCGAUUGAGGAAGUCCAACACCGUGAUCGUAAUAUUCAGGAUGUGACGAUUGAAGAUUUGCAAAGACAACUUGUGGAGUUAACCCAACGUUUGGCGGAGCAGGAGUUCGGUAAUCAUGAUGUAGAAGGUCACGAUUCCGAUACCAGUUUCAAAAACUCGUAUCACCAUCGUGCUCGAGUUUGGGAGCAUCGUGGACGGGAGGAUCGUCAUGUGGAUCUCGGUUUCAGAGUGGAUCUGCCCGAGUUUUCUGUUUCUGAGGCAUAUCAGCGAGCACUUGCAGUAGAGAAACAGCAAAGUAGGAGGGCAACUGAUUGUAAGAAGCCUGCUGGUCAGAAGAAUAAAAAUCUUCUGACUGAGGAGGAUAUGAUAGAGGAGUUUGAGGAAGUUGGGGAACCCGUGUAUGAUGAGGGUGAAGAUGAGGACGUGCUAUAUGGAGAUGGUCAGGAGACCCUGGUCGUUCGAAAGAGCCUGCUGACUCCCAAGGGCGACUCAGGGGAUGAUUGGUUGAGGACCAACGUUUUCCACACAACCUGCACAGUUGCUGAUAAAGUUUGUAAGCUGAUAAUUGAUAGUGGCAGUUGUGAGAAUGUAGUGUCUGAGGAGGCUAUCGAGAAACUGCAACUGAAGAUGGAUCAUCAUCCCAAACCAUACAAAUUGUCUUGGCUGAAUAAAGGUAGUGAGGUAACGGGAGAAAAACGAUGCUUAGUGUCUUUCUCGAUUGGAAAAAAAUAUUUUGAUAAUGCUUGGUGUGAUGUGGUAUCAAUGGACGCGUGUCAUGUUUUGUUGGAACGACCUUGGCAGUAUGAUCGCAGUGUUAUCCAUGAUGGGCGGAAGAAUACUUAUUCUCUUAGCAUCAAAGGAAAGAGAAUUGUUUUGGUGCCUCGUAGGGAAGGAAACACCCCUGCCCCGGUAGUUAAAAACCCCAAUCUACUUUUGAUGUCCAGGUUUUUGGUUGAGGUUGGGCGUGAAAAAAUAGUUUAUGCUUUAAUGCCUCGUGAAAAUAGUACAGCGAAUAUGGAUUCAGAAUUUCCAGCAGAAGUACAGCAACUACUAAUGGAGUUUUCUGACUUGAUGCCGGAGGAUCUUCCUCCAGGACUACCACCUAUGAGGGACAUUCAACAUCAGAUCGACCUCAUUCCGAGGUCGAGUCUACCAAACCGACCAGCAUAUCGCCUCAGCCCCAAGGAAGCUGAAGAGUUGCAGCGACAGGUGGUAGAAUUAUUGGAAAGGGGCUAUAUUCGUGAGAGUAUGAGUCCUUGUGCAUCUCCUGCUCUCCUAGUGCCGAAGAAAGAUGGGUCAUGGCGUAUGUGUGCUGACAGCAGGGCCAUUAACAUGAUUACAGUGAAGUACAGGUUUCCAAUUCCCCGUCUGGACGACAUGUUGGAUCAAUUGUCCGGUUCUAUGGUCUUCUCAAUAAUUGACCUUAAAAGUGGAUACCACCAGAUCAGAAUCAGACCUGGAGAUGAGUGGAAGACCGCGUUCAAGACAUAG